GGGUUUUAUUUGCGUGGAUCGUUUCCGCAGAAAUUUCAGUGCCGAACUGCCGGUGAACUGAAUUUAACAGAAUAAAUGAAUUAAAGUAUUUCGUUCGGCCGAUAAAGGAACCGUGGUUCUCGUUCCAGUGUAUAUAGGAUUUUGGUUUAAAUAGUGUUUUGGGGAUCAACACUGCGUUACGAAAUGAUCCCAACGACACGCUUGCUAGCCAUGUUCUCAAAAGCCGCUGCAUGUAACUAAACUAGCUAAUGUUAGCUAGGCUAACGCGUUGCGAUAGAUGGACCAUAGCUUGCUAACUCGCUAGCUGGUUUUCAUUUUCUCUUGUCCUCACCAUCGUGUUUUACUUAGACCUAUUCGUUACAUUCCACGUCUCUACAGUAACAUUAGGAUAUGCUGUGUCAAUAGGCUUUUGUGUAGCUAGUUUGCAUAGCUUUAACUUUUAAACCCAACUAGCCAACGUUAGCGUCUAGCCCACGACAUUUUCAACACGUAACGUUAGCUAGUUAGCCCUCUGCGGAAGCCUACCAUCAAAUCAAGCUUUCCCCCAGUUUGUUUUUUUAUUAACUUGAGAAACUAGUUCUCUGGAAUACGAUGGCUUCUUCGUCGGGAAACGAUGACGACCUCACCAUUCCCAGGGCAGCCAUCAACAAAAUGAUCAAGGAAACUCUGCCCAACGUACGGGUUGCCAAUGAUGCAAGAGAGCUUGUUGUGAACUGCUGCACAGAGUUCAUACAUCUAAUCUCAUCAGAGGCGAAUGAAAUAUGUAACAAGUCUGAAAAGAAGACCAUAUCACCUGAACAUGUAAUUAAUGCACUUGAAAGCCUGGGUUUUGCGUCGUACAUCACAGAGGUGAAGGAUGUCCUGCAGGAGUGUAAAACAGUAGCACUUAAAAGGAGGAAGGCCAACUCUCGCCUGGAAAACCUGGGCAUCCCAGAGGAAGAGCUCCUCAGACAACAGCAGGAACUAUUUGCUAAGGCACGGCAGCAGCAGGCCGAGCUGGCCCAGCAGGAGUGGCUCCAGAUGCAGCAAGCUGCCCAGCAGGCCCAGUUGGCUGCAGCAUCUGCCAGCGCUGGACAGCAGGCUGGCUCGUCCCAGGAUGAGGAUGAUGAGGAUGACAUGUGAUAAUGAAGAUGAUCCCUGGGUCUGGGCUGCAACAUGCAAAACAUUUGGAACAGAUAGUAAAAACAAGAAUUUCUUAUUGGAUAACUACAGAUAGUAGGCUGCCACCUGUUUCUGGCUGUUUUCAUCCGUUUCGUGCCUGCUGAGGCCAUAUCCCUCGUCUUUGGACAGUGUCGGCAAGCAGCCCUCUCUUUCUCUCUCCGAACACUCUCAUUGGCAGUGAUCUGAGCUGUGUUCGGACAUAAUGCACAUAACCCCACCAGUCCAGUAUCAGGAGUUCACAUUAUAGACAGUUUCAAGGUACAUAGAUAUGGGGAAUUUUAUUAUAUAUAGGUUUUUAUUGUCACAUACUAGGUAGACAUGUUUUCCUUUUUGACAGCAGUACCUGAAAACCCAUUUGGAUAAAUAUACAUUUAAGCUUUCCUCUACUUAAAUUAACAACUUUUUUGCCAAUUACAAAUCAUUUGUUACAUCUGG